UCAGUUUCGCACUCCCGUUGACAUACCGUGAACGUCGAAUCUGCUAAAUUAAUUAUAAAAAAGUGACCGAUGCCAGCGGAUCGACGACAGUUCCCGUCCUCGUAUUCAGUGCAUAUUUGUCUAUUGUCGGCGGCAAAUUCAAGCCAUGUAGAAAAAACAUUGUUUCCGGGCCGCACUAACUUCCGCUUCGUGGGUCAAUAAAUUAAGAAUGACCGGGAAACCUAUCGCAAAUCGUACAAAAACUAAUCAAAAAAAUAUACUUUAGCAACAAUAAAACUUUGUAGUUUGUAUAGUAUAAAUGAAUAAGGUUGUGACAUAAAUAUAAUCGCUGUGGAUCAAAGUAGAUGUUCUGGCUGGAAUUUAAAUUAAGUGUCUCAGAUAUUAAAUAAUAGUGGGACUAAACAAUAAAUUAUUUGUAAAUCGGGUUUCUUUUUUAUUGUUACUAGUCAAUAAGCGAGGGCGUGUCUAACCAGGCGAUGCAAUGCUGACCUAUAUUUCUUUAUUCUAAAGGAUGUGUUACAUUUUUAUGAAAAAGAUAAAGUCGAGCAUGGGAAAGAAAAUGUCUACAUUGAAUGACGCCAUGCCACCAUGGCGCUGCUAAUGCGACGUCUAUUCGUAGACGCUCAGGCAAAGCUUCGCAGAAUGGUAGAAGAACAUUCCACGGAUCUUACCUCUCGGAUAGAAUCCGAUUACCCCAAUUCUAGUCCUGCCGCUAUACCCAGCCCCGCUUGCACCGCCCAUGAAGCAAAAGUAGUAGAAACCCUUCCUGUGGCUUCUAUUAGCCCACUUGAUGUAAAUUUCCUUAAACCAACGCUUGGCGAAGACAAAGUUAUUGAUUGUGAUGUAGAUCUUAAGUAUUCUAAUGAUAAUAAGAAAAACAAUAAGUCUAAUAGACCAAAUUAUAUCGAAACUAAAAGAAGUAAGUCCCUGUCAGUAGAGGGUCCAGAAGAUAUUAGUAAAAAGGAUAUUAAGAAAACUCGGUCAAAUCCAUUAAAGAGCGAGGACUCAUCUGCAGACAACGAGAAAAUUAUUGAUGACACCAAAGAAGUAGAAAUGACCGUUGAAGAGAAUAUAGCUACUGUUCUGAAAGGCAGCAGAUCUUCACUAGAGACCCGAUCAGAUUCUCCGAAACCAGGAUGUAGCAGUCAACCGGAUAUAGACUCUUCCUCGCCCCGUUCCCCAAGGAGUUCAGACGGCAACCGAGACGACCUUUCAGCCUUGUUACCUUCACCGUCGAAUUACCCCAAGUCUUCGGCGACAAUCCGGAGACUACGUCAGGAAAACGAGCGGCUCCAAGCGGAAGUGACGAGAUUGAAGCGACUUGUCGUAUCAGGGGCCACAUCCGCUCUUGCUGAGCGAAAGAAUUUAUCGGAAAAAGCCGAUCCAAAUUCAGCCACUCACGCUUUGGAAUUGGAGUUGGAGCUGGCGAGAGAGGCGCUGUCAACGCUCAAAGCGGAUAAAAGGCGUCUAAAAGCUGAGAAGUUCGAUUUACUAAAUCAGAUGAAACAGUUGUAUCUGACGUUAGAGGAUAAAGAAAAGGAAUUAAGAGAUUUUAUCAGGAGUUAUGGACAGCGGACACGGGACAACGAAACGUCGAUGCAACAACUAUCCACUGAGCGAGAAGAGCGAGAGAGAGAAAGAUGGAGUUUGCUGCGUCACGCCAGAGACGAGGCAGAAAGAAGUUUGUCAUUAGCGGCACAACUUAACGCCAAAGAACUACAACUUCAACAAGCACAAGAGCAAUUACAAGAAGCUCGACGACAGCUGGCCUCGAGCGGCUGUCUUUCAGACCAAGAAUCUCUAGCAUCACUGCCACGACAUAACAUUAAUGGCGGAGCUUUAACUCCUGGAUCGGGAGGUCUACUUUCGGGACACCAUGGGCUAGGCCAACUUCCUGGGGACAGAGGAAGUUGUAGCGCUGACUCUGGUGUACGAGUGAGUUCAGAUAGAGAAAGCGGAGCAACUUCUGUAGCUGGAAACUUGUCCGAUUCGACAACAGAUGGAACACCAACCAUAACCCUUGGUGAAGGACAUAAGGAUAUGGAUUCAGUAUCGCUGAUUUCUUCUGUACCUCCUCCACAUAUGUACCAAUCAUCUACAAAAGACUGCAGUCCAACCUUAUCUCCAUUGAAUGCCAACAAUUUCUCUAGAUCCGUGGAACAACUUAGUUCGCCAAUGGAACCAGAACCAAUAACAGUAGGUAGACGAAAUAAGCAAUCCGUAAGACCAUCUAGUGGGCGUGGAGGAACAUGGGGUAGCAUAUCUAGAGUUUUUGCUCGGUCACGUCAUCGAAAUAAAUCAAAUUCUCUACAGGAAACAAGUGAAUCUUAUGAUCCAUAUCGUAGUUGGUCUCCCUUAACUGAAGAAGGGUAUGCAGAGAAAUUAAGACUACUUAGGGAAGCCAACAGCAUACCUAUGGAAAGAUGGAGAGCAUCAACAGUGUUAGCGUGGUUGGAAAUUGCAUUGGGAAUGUCGCAGUAUGGCGCACGGUGCGCGGAAAAUAUAAAAAGCGGGAAGGUGCUUUUGGAGCUCAGUGAUCUGGAACUGGAAUGUGGAUUGGGAAUCACCCAUCCGAUGCACAGAAAGAAGAUCCGAUUGGCUAUCGAGGAGCAUCGGAAUCCAGCGCUCGUGAGGUAUCCCUGCAUCGCGCAACUAGGACAUACUUGGGUUUGCAGCGAAUGGUUACCAGAUUUAGGACUAUCUCAGUAUUGCGAGAACUUCGCGACGAAUAUGGUGGAUGCGAGAAUGUUGGAACACUUGAGUAAAAAGGAAUUGGAAAAGUAUUUAGGAGUAACUAGGAAGUUUCAUCAGGCAUCCAUUGUGCACGGCAUACAUUUACUGAGAAUAAUGAAAUACGAUCGACAGGCUUUGGCAGUCAGAAGACACCAAUGCGAAACCAUGGACGCUGAUCCCCUUGUAUGGACUAAUCAAAGAUUCAUCAGAUGGGCUCGAAGUAUUGACCUCGCGGAAUACGCCGAUAAUUUAAAAGACAGUGGCGUUCAUGGAGGUUUGGUGGUACUUGAGCCAUCUUUUAACGGAGACACGAUGGCGACAGCUCUUGGAAUUCCAGCGAGUAAAAAUAUAAUCCGUAGACAUCUCACAGCUGAGCUGGAUGCUCUCAUUUUACCCGCCAGGUACGUCAUAUUUUGUCAACUGGAAGAACUUCAAGCCGAAGCAGCCAGAGUUAUAUCAAAACAUAGAUAAUCAAUCAAAUGUCUAACUUUUUUGUUGCCUAACAUGUUUUGUAUUUUUGGAAACCCGAGAAGUAGUAUAAUAUUUAGUGUAUAAUUUUACAAUCGGUUUUGUGCUAUUCUGUCCUGGAUUUUUUAGAUUUAUUUUAAAAUUCAUUGCAAAACUGUAACUAAUAUAGGCAAGCAAAACGACAACAGGAGCUAACUGUACUUAAUCUCUAUUUUAAAUUUAAGUAAUCGCAGAAUUAUCCACCAUUUCAAAAUUAAUAUUACGAAUAAAAUUUGUUGCAUAGGUAAAUAUUAAAUAUGAUACAGAACAUAAAUAACUGGAGUGAAGCCCAGCCAAUAUCCUAAAUAGCAAAGAAACUAAAACUAUGUUGAUGACAGUGGUAAAUACCAGUACAUAGGUAAUACAUAUUAUUUAUAAAUUUAAUCUUAUUGUAUAUCAAUAUUAUCUCCAUUAUAGGAUGAAGACUAUUGUAGGUAUAUGCUCUUAAAUACGAGUGUAUCACUUUCUGUUUGAUAAUAAUAUCUAUCAUUGAUAUGUUCGAUUAUUGUCAAUAGAUCAUAUUUCAGCUUGUUAUAAUAUCGAAAGUUUUUGAUUUCACUCUUUGUUUCAGUUAUUAUCUACUUUCAUUAAUAGUUAGAAGCUUGGAUCUCAUUAUUAAUAUACGAUAAUUUUCUUUAUUUGAUAGCAUUCUGUGUCAUGUGCCAUUUAUUUGUAAGUCUCACCUGAUUUUCAUUAGUUUAAAAUAUCGUCAAAUUAUAUAUACUGGGUGAUUCCUCAAAAAUGUUCAAUAUCUGAGUUGUAAAUUCUAGACCUUAAAAUGCAACAUCGUUAUACAAAUAUUUUCAAUAUUUUCUUUUUUUGUCAUGAAAUAAUCUCUUUGGAUGUGAUUUUGUCCACUUUUGUCCGUUAUAGAUUGAGUUUCGCUCUUUUAAAAGAAUGUGUUAAUAUUCGCCAUAUCUAAUGUCUUUUCUAUUUCAAGCAUAUUAUCUCCAGCUUCAUUUCUAGUUAUAAUGAUUAGUCCUCGAUGUAUUGCUUGAGGUCCUGCCUUGUAUUAAAGGAAUAUCAUUCAGUAUAUCUCCUAAUUAAACAUAGAGAGUUUUUACCCUAUUUUCACCCAGACUUGCUUGGGGAGCUUACAUAUAUUUCACUAUAAGCAAUAUAUAAACUCCAUGCCUAGUGUAACUUUUAACUUUUCCCUACAUACCACAAUUUGUAUCUUUCAACUAAGUAUGUCGUUCUUUGUCCUUUCUACUUCGUCACUUGAAUACAACCAACUACAUACUCUUGUCAGACUUCCAUGAUUUCAAGACCCUAUGCUAAUUUUCCUAACAUGUAAUGGUACCUAUUCCCUCUGAAAUAGUCCUCACCUGAAAAUCCGAUCAAAGACUUUUUUGCUUCCGGAAUAUUUUACCUCAGAAGAUGCCAUCGUUCCAGUAUCAUUAGUAUUAUGUAUUAUAAAAUGCAUGCCCUGAAAAAAAUUUUGGACGAUUGAUGUCUGAAUGCUUUUCUAUUAGCGUCAUGUCCUGCACGAUUUAACCAACACACCACCAAUGUAAAGUUCAGUAUUACUCCACACCCGCUUACAUUUUUCUGUACAGUUUAAGAUCACUACUUGCCAUGUGAUUGUUGCCCGUAUCGCGCCACUAGGGGGCACGUACUUUAUUCGGGAUACGCUUAGAUGGACGAUCGGAGUGACAAAAAAGUUAAAAAUUGCAACGGAGAUAUUAGAGGAGUUUGGAGAUUGCACGAAUUAAUGACAAGAAGAAAAAACAUAUGCUUUUCAUAGCAUUUAAGAUACCUAAUUUUGUUGGCGAAUGGAUUUAGUGUCCGCAGUCAUAUAAACCCAAACAAACAACAAACAAGAUACCUAAUUAGGGUAUAUUCAAUAUCAAAAUUCCAGCUACAAAAUACGAAGCAUUGUGGGGUUGAAGUUCCUGAAAAAAAGUAAGAGGCAAAGAUCAACGAAGACUUUAUAAGAUGUUUAAGCCGACGCCGCCACAUGAGGAUUAAGACAAAGUGAAUGAUGAUUAUAAUGAUCGUUAAGAGUUUAUUGAAUAAAUUGUCUCUUAAGCAUGCUAAUAAAACGAUACUCAUUGAGAGUGGAUAUUUUUACCAGGUAGUAUUUGUGAAGUGAAGUUUUCAUGUUGCAAAUUCCUAUUAGAAUGUAAAUGUAUCCGAGAAUACAAAGAAACAAGAAUCCGAGAAUAUUGAUAUAAAGAGUGCGGUAAGACAGGGUUGUGUUCUAUCGCUGCUACUGUUUAACCUAUACAGUGAAGCCAUAUUUCAGGAAGCGAUAGAGGAGCUAAGUGAUGGAAUCUCUAUAACCGGAAGAAUAGUAAAUAACAUAAGAUUCGCUGAUGACACCGUUAUAAUGGCAGACACCUGGGAAUCGCUACAAGAAUUGCUAAAUAGAAUUACCGAUUAUUGCAUUCGAUACGGACAAAAAUAACAAGAAAGAACUAAAUUUAUGAUCGUCUCAAAAACAGAACAUGGAAAUGAAAGGUUAAUGAUAGAGCAAACCCAAAUAGAAAAAGUAAAGACACACAAACAUCUGGGAACCUGGGUCGAUAACAAAAAUGACCAAAGCAAAGAAAUUAAAAUCCGAAUUGCAACUGCAAGGCAAGCAUUUAUAAAAAUGAAGACACUGCUUACAAACAAAGACCUUCAGUUGCCUCUCAGAUUGAGGACUCUAAGAUCCUACAUAUUUUCUAUAUUUCUAUAUGGAAUGGAAGCUUGGACAUUGAAGAGACAACACAUAAGAAGAAUAGAAGCGUUGGAAAUGGGGUGUUAUAGAAGAAUAUUGAAAAUUCAGUGGGUUCAAAUGAUUACUAAUGUUGAAGUCCUACGAAGUUUAAAUAAGGAGUUAGAAAUUAUGAAGAUAAAAACUAGAAAACUGGAAUAUUUGGGUCACAUUACCAGAGGAGAAAAAUACGAGUUGCUGAGAAUUAUUAUACAAGAAAGGAUCCAAGGAAGAAAAGCAUAGGAAGAAAACGUAUCUCCUGGCUGAGAAACCUUAGAGAAUGGUUUAACUGUAGUUCAUUAUAACUGUUCAGAGCAGCAGCAAACAAAGUGACCAUAGCCAUUAUGAUAUCCAACCUCUGAUAGGAGAGGGAACUUUAAGAAGAAGAUGUACAUGUAUACCUAUUAUCCAGUGUAGAACAUCUAAAUGAAAAAAAGUCUAAUUAUUCCCGAAUAAUUACCUCCUGUUCGUCUUAGUACUAUCGGACAUCGUUUACCUACCUAACUUGCCGGUGCUUACGUGUUAAAACUUCUUAAAAUCAAUGCAGAAGAGAUCAAUGGGAUGGCCUUAAUCAUUCCUUAUCCAAACAUUAAUCGUUUUCGAGAAAAGAAUAUAAUCACCAAUACUAGCAAGAAUGUUGACGAUAACUGCAUCCUUUGGGUGUAAAAGUACACUCAUUCGAACAGAAAACAGAAAAAAUACGAUUUAUAGUUACCGUAAGCGUAAUCCAAGAUGUAACAAAAAUAUAAUAGGUAUUGCUCGAUAUAAUAAAGAAAUAAACAUAAAUUGUUAGUCAAAAAACUUGUGAUGGGUUUCAUAAAAUAUAAUCUAAAAAUUAAAUGAUAACCUUCCCUUCAUUAUCGGUAAGAAGAAUAUAGGAUAAUACUAUACGUCUUUGUUUUUUAAUUCUUCAUACGGCAAUAUAAUAUGCGAGCAAUAAUACCGUAUGAGUUUUAAAAGAGUAGUUUUCUUCCAUUAUCAUGAUCUAACAUUUCAAUAUUUUGACUAUAGGGCACAAUUUCAUUAUCCACUUUAACUUUUCAAAUUGAUUAUAAAAAAACAAAUCAGUUACGAACCGUUUGGACAAUAAAUCUGUAGGUAUUUAGCUCUCUGGUUUCCAAAGUAUCAAAAGUGUUUGUAAUGAAUGUGCAAUUUUUAAUGAAAUCCAAUGUUUACUAAAUCAAAACUUAUUUACAGAAUACAAUAAAUCAAACUAUUAUACUUUAAUUUAUAAUACCAUGAUUUAAGAAUAAAAUAAUUUAUUCAA